AGUCCACAAAAAAAAGAACAAUGGGAAAAAAGUGAACAGAAGACAAAGAUUAUGGAGACAGCGAAAUUGGAAGGUGAAAAGGAAAUUCAAAUUACUUGUAUUGAGUUAAAUGGAAAACUGUUGUGAACAGUAAUAACGGUUAUGUUAUAAGCACUAGAAGAAUUAUCUCAGUGCAAUGAUGUGGCAUCAAUUAAUUAAUAUGAUUGUACACAGUUCCAGUUAUGAGAACAAAACAUUUGUAGAGAAACUGUGAAUGCUAAUCUCUCUGCAUUUUUACCCUUAGGUACUUCACCCCUCAUUGUGGUACCGACCACUGGUCAUGGAAAAAAACUAGAAGAACCUUGGGGAAGGAAAGGUGAACAGGAUGCUCAGUUUGAACUUAUUUUUGAAGUUAAUGUAAUUGAAACAUGUUGCUCAUUAUGUUCAGCUACUACCAGUAAGCCAAGUAAAAUGUUGUUUGUAUUACAAGUUAUCAACUAUUUAAUGUUCUUCAUGUUUGUUAAAAUUUUUUCCUUUGUUAUUAGGAAAAGUACCCACUUUUAAGUAGAUUUAGUUGAUCUACCCUUAAAACUGAUAUCAAACCACCUUGAAAUGAAUAAAAAGAUGUGGGGCUUACUACUUGCAGUUGUUUUUGCGGACGUGUUGAAGUCUAACAUGGGUUCCAGUUUGGGUUCAGAUCCCCCUGACAUGCUCCAAGAUAAAAAAGAAAGCAACAUAGCAAAUCACUGACUUGUUGUACUGAUGCAUUGACAUUGAAGAAGUGGAAGAAUUCAUCCGUGUGUAAAUUGGCUUAAAAAGUUGUAGGAGUGAAGCCAUGAAACUUCAGGAAAAAAAUGUGAAAUGAAAAAAGACCGUGAAUGUGGUUUUAGUCAUCUUUUAAAAUAGAAAUUAAUGUUGUUAAUAAGCAAGAAUGCUUCUGUCAGCAGUUAUGAAAAAUGAUACUUGUCAAUGCAAAUUAUUUGAAAUGUGUUUCUGCCUCAUUCUCUUCUCUAGUUAAAGGUAGUGCCGAGUUUCCUUGCAAUAAAUUAAGAAAACGUUACAUUCAUGUAGAGUGAUUACUUUUUCAGUUGUUCUCAAUAGUUUUUUUUUUCGGUUUUAAAGCUUCUGUUUUUAAAUGAAGGUAAUCUACAGUGUACUUGUACCUAGUAGUAUCUUUAAAUGCAAGUUGGUAUGCCUUUUCCCAACUAUUAAUUAGUAGAAAUGGUAAUAUCCCUCUAUCUACCUUUGUUUAUAGGCAUGUGGCCUCUUCCUGGAUCUUCCACCUUUGAUCUUCAAGAAAAACUAGAAGAGCUACUUAUGAAACUUCAAAUAAUGAAAGGUGAAUAAAAAUAUGCUGUUAAAUUAAAUUUCAUGAUAAAACUAAACCAAGAAUGCUUUUAAAUACAUGUAGUUCUCAUUCAAAAUAUUUUUUUGAAAGGAAAUUUCACCCAAUUUAGUUUUCCCUCACUCUGCGUUUUGCUAGAAGGGAAUAUUAAGAUGGUAGAGGCUGAGGAUGGUGAAAUAGUAUAUAAUGAUAAACUAAGUUUUUUUCGAUGUUGAUCUUAAAUUACGUCUAAAACUGAAAAUUAUGUAGUUUAGAUUGAUUUUGUACAUCGUAUACAAUCAGUUAAUCGCAUGUUGGUUUGACCUGUUAUCAUACCACUACUAAAAGUAACAUCAUGAGUUGCACUUUGUACCUUACCCCUUAGGGUUGACUCCCAUUACUACGGACACCCUAGCGGGGAGAUUUAGCGUCUGUAAUAGCGAAGAGUCUGUAAAGUUUCUGACGUGGCCUCACCAACGAGAAAAAGAUUAGGCCGCAAGCAGGAAAUUCUCAUGUUCACACCCUUUUAAAGAAUGGUUUCUUUAUUUUUCUUUUUCAUAAUGUCGCUUUAUAGUAUGUUUGUCAGGAUUUUGGAUGAAGCAUGAAGUGUCUGUUAUAGCGAGAGAAAAAACAAGAGAAACGUCGUGCUGGGGGGCUUGCAAGUGUCUACAUUUCGGUAAAAGGAAGAGUCCGUUUUAAAGGGAAUUUAUUUCGUUUCUUCAUGCUUUUCCCAGGGGCUGGCUCUUGUUUGCAGUGGCGAGGUGUCUGUAAUAGUGAGGGGUACGCAGGGCGAGAGUCAAUUGUAGAUUAAUCCAAAUUUGGCAUUGUUUCAUUCUCUACUUUAGCUUAAGAUGGUAUUGAGUCGGCAUGUGGUAAAAAGACAUAAUAGUUGUUUUCAACGAUGAUCAUGGAGUUAUAAUGAAGAUCUAACACUGUUUUACUUCAACAUGACUAUAAUUUGCUGUUUGCACAAGUAUAUCUGUAGUUAUCUUUUCUGUGUAAAGUCAGACACUGAAUUUUGAAAAGCUCUGUAUACCUUUGCUCUCAGGUUCUUCAUCUCUCCCCGUCACUGAUCUUAAGGAAAAGCUAGAGCAAGUAUUUGAGGAAAUUCGGAUGCUGAGAAUGAAAGGUGAAUAG